AUGGCGCUGCGAGUGCGCAGCAUCUUUAAAGUUUUCCUCAUCUUUUACGCGAGUGCCGACAUAUUGGCGCAGGCGUUCGUAGCGAGAGACGGUGGCAGGCAGGCAGUGCUCCUGUUGGCGAGUGGUGGUGAGUAUACGUCAUUGCUGCCGACUGCCUCCCGUAACCACCUGCUGUUCUUGCUGCUAGCCGGCAGGCAGGUCUUUCGAGAGUUUCUAAAGCAGGAGUUCAGCGAAGAGAACAUAUUGUUCUGGAACGCCGUGAACGAGCUACAGAACACCAACGAGACGAAUCCGCUGCUCGUCGAGGAGAAAGCUAGAAUGAUAUACGAAGACUUCAUCUCCAUUCUCUCACCGCGAGAGGUGAGCCUCGACUCGAUCGCUAGGGAAAUUGUGAAUAGAAAAAUGGUGCACCCGGAUAAAUGGACUUUCAACGAAGCUCAAGAGCAGAUAUUCAUGUUGAUGAAGCGUGACAGCUAUCCUCGUUUCAUCAUCUCUCCACUGUACAAACGACUCUUCAAUUCGACGUCGUCGCCGACCCCGCAGGCAUGAUGACGACG